AUCUUUUCAACCGCUGCACUUGACCUUACUUCAUCUUUACCACCGUUUACCUAUUUUCUAUUCUCCGCCUCGUUUUCCGAACGCCACCAGGGCCAACCCCCUUCGCAAUUGACGGCGGGGUUGUAGCUACGCUAUGGGUGACGGCUCUGAUUAUCCUAGUCCACGAAGUGAAGGUCCCGGUGGACCUACCUCUGUUCUCGUCACUGUCCAAGACUCGCUUUCUCCAGCUCCCAAGAUGAACGACCAGCUGUCUCCGAACUUCAUGGAAGGGACGCGCCCGCGACUGUCGGUGAGAAGAGCGCGGGAUCCGCCCAAGAACACUGCCGGUCAAAUCUACUGCGACCAUCCCGAGUGCCAGCACUCGCCCCCAACAUUUCGCCGUCCGUGCGAAUGGAACAAACACAUGGACAAACACGACCGCCCGUACAAGUGCAUGGAACCCGGCUGCGACAAGAUUCAAGGUUUUACAUACUCUGGCGGUCUGCUGAGGCAUCAGCGCGAGGUGCAUAAGAAGAACAUCAAUGCCAAGAAACCCUUGAUGUGUCCCUACGCCGACUGCAAUCGCAGCACAGGGAACGGAUUUACGCGUCAAGAAAACCUGAAGGAGCACCUUCGCCGCCGCCACAUGCACACUGAGAACGGACAUGCGUCCGAGCUGCCCAUCGCCCCGUCGCCCGAUCUGGAUGGCACCACGUCUCUUGCGACGGCAUCCGCAGCCUUGAAGAGGAAACGCGAAUCUCUCGGAGAUGAUCCGGCCACCCUCGAGCUUCCCGAGGAGGAAGAGAACGGGGUGGAUCUUCGCAAUGAACUGAAGAGGCUGCGUCGUGAGGUCCAAGAGAAGGAUCGCCGACUGGAGGAGUUGGAACGCAUCGUGGCUGGACUACAGCAGGCUAUUCCUCAGACCGCGACGUCACAGGGCUAGCUGGAUGCGCUGGAUCAAGAUUUCAACGAGUGGUAUUGAUUUGAUCGCUCUUUCUCUUUCUUAUCAUUUGUUGCGUUUCCCUGUUUCCGUGCUACUUUGGCUCUUUCCCUUUCGCUUUCCCUUCCUCCCCGCUUCUUACUUUUUUGGUUCAGAGUCAU